UUCAAAUUAAAUUUAACUACGUACAACAAACACAUUUCUGUUGUUCUUCUUUUUAUCCUCGUAAAAAUGAAAAAUAAUUUAUUCGCAAUUUACUGCUUUUUAACCGUACCAAAUGGUUUUGGUCAGGGUAAUUCUCUCUGACUCACCACCACACACCACCAUUGUUGCGCUGCACCUGCCCGCCGACGAAAUUUUCCCAAAAAAACCUCCCCGACGCCGGUUUUCCCCCCGACCGGGCAAACGGAAAAUCCUUCCAUGUGUGUGUCACCGGUUCCCUCGGUGGUUCUAACGUCUAAGCGUGACUGGGCGGAGCCAAUUUUCGGUUUAAAAACUAAUAAAUUAUGCCGGACCUCGGUAUCGAGUGGGGGGUUUUGACAAAAUCCAAGGACACACCUAUUCGACUUUACAGAGGCGUGUCCCACUCACACAAAACCCGACUCUGGCGUUCCGUUUUCGGGCUGGAACCGGCAGUCACGGACGGAUCGCACCUCUACUCUGCCCCACUGUAUAACCACUUAUACAGGGUGUCCCGCCGCCGUGGUUUUGGGUCGGAAUCGUCGACGAUUGAACGACGCGAUGCAUUUGGGGUGUUUAAAAUUGGAUGGUGGUUUUGUAAUCGAUAGUUAUAUUUAAAACUGACCUUGCAACUAACUGCCAGGGUUGGAACGAAUCGCUGAAGAGUUGAUGGGUCGAAGGAAAUGGAAACUGUAUCAAGACGUGUCCAUGCAAAGAAGUUAUCUACAACCACUGAACAACAACAAAGUUUUAAACCGAUCGACGCAGAGCAACGGUGUUCCAAAUCUGCAGACUACCGACCAAGAAAAUUACUCGCGAAGGACAGGCGAAAAGGAGUCGCCAGAGAAGGAGCCGCGGGAGCCGGCGAAGGUAGAGGGCGAAGAAGUCGAGGACACGAGGGAGAGCCAGAAGGAAAACGGUACCGGCGAGGAGAAGGACGAAAUCGAAGACGAAUAUUCAGUGAAAGACUGGAGGCCAGAGACGAAGUGUUACUUCUGUAUUGACGGCAAGCUGGAUUCACACGGGGUUGUGAGUCCCCGUCAAUCGGACUCUGACACAUCGGACAGUGACAGCGAAGCGCCCCCCUCCCUGACGCCCAGGUCGCUGGGCGGCCGCCCACCGCUCAACAACAACCACCAUCACAGAACGACAAACGCCCUCCAUCAUCCCCUAAACUCCGCCAACAUGACCACCAUCGACAGCGUUGCGAACAUUGCGAACUUGGUGGCGGCGGCCGCCCUUUCCGGUGGAAACUCCCCAGGAGCACCGGGCACCCCAUUCCCCCUCUACAACACGAAUUUGUUGACGCAAAACUACCUGUACAUGGCCAAUGUGGCGCGGUCCCUCCAAAACCAGGAGGCGGACAAGGCAAGCGGUGGCGGCGAACAGCCCCUCGAUCUUAGCAAAGGGUCCAGCAACAGUCCUAAUGCCGACCAGAAGAUCGGUAACAACGUGCGACUUCCGACACUGGACAAACACAUAUUCAAUUCUGAUUUUAGAGCCAAACCUAGAAUGUCCAAUGUAGCAGGCAGAAGAACAUACACCGAAGACGAACUGCAGGCGGCCCUCCGCGACAUACAGUCAGGCAAACUAGACUCGAAUUCGCCCUCAGGCACCAGGAGAGCGGCUGUUAUCUACGGCAUUCCCAGGUCGACGCUCAGGAACAAAGUGUACAAGUUAGCGUUGGAAAAGGAGCGGGAGUCGCACCUUAGCAGUUCGGCGCCCCUGAAACUGGACGACGAAGAAGCCAUGGACGAUGACAAGGAUCUCUCUGGUGCGGAAGAGGAGAAGGAGGUGGAGAAAGCCCUUCAGGGACCUCUCGUCACUGUCCAGGACAUCAUAAGAUUUUCCAACAUGCAGGAGCCUCCCGAAGCUUACAAAGCCCUCCUGGCCAAAACGAAAGAGAGUUCGGAGCAAUGGCAUGGACUGGACCAUCCGGAAGUAGCACCCUACAUCCAGACCCUGAUUUUGGCCUCCCAGAACCUCAUAGGCAACCAGAAACCUCCCGAUGGCGUUCUUGGUCAGUUGCCCAAUCUGAAGAACCUGAUCGCCGAGGACCACUUCCUCAAAAUGCAGCAACACAACAACGGUGAUAGUGAGAAGUUGCUGUCGAGGCCGAGUCCAAGCAAUUCGGUGAUCACUAAAACGGACAAGUCCAAAUCCGAAUCUGACAUGGAAACAGACGAUGCGCCAUCAAAUGUGAUACUCAAGAUUCCGUCCUUUAAACCGACGACGAGUAAAAAUGGUAGCGACAUCUACAGAAGUCCAGUGGAAACGGGGAGCAUGGUCUCGCCGCCGGUCACGAGCGAAUCCGGAUCUCCGCCCAUCCUGCCCGCCGUCAAGAGCGGCCUCAUUCUCAAGGACGUGAAAGACGUGAUCGCCCAGACCAUCAAUCAGAAGUUCCAUCAGUCGUUGCAAGACCCAACAGCGGCGGUACGUCGAUCCAUCAUCGAGGUCGAUUACAAAAACGCCGGUGCGUACACGCCGCCCCUGGGCGCGCCCGCCGGCCUUUCCGUCAUCAAACAGCAGCCGGAAAUCAACAGGUCGCAGUACCAGCCCCAGCCGCCCAAACCCCAGCAACCCUCCGGGGCACAGGGUACCACCACAGGUGGCAAAGGUAAAGGAACACGCCCAAAACGUGGCAAAUACCGCAACUACGACCGAGACAGUUUGGUGGAGGCGGUCCGGGCUGUGCAACGUGGUGAGAUGUCGGUACACAGGGCGGGCAGCUACUAUGGCGUGCCCCAUUCCACCCUCGAGUACAAGGUGAAGGAGAGACACCUGAUGCGCCCAAGGAAAAGAGACCCGAAACCAAAUCCGGUCGACGAGAAGAUCGCCAGCCUGAAACAGAAGGACAUGCUUAACUCCCAAGACAAGUUGAAACCGGUGGGGAUGAAGCCGCCUCAGAAGUUCUCGCCUACACCCACCAACGGCAUGAAUCUGCCCAUGUUCGAACAAGGUAUGCCCGGAGCCCUGGCUAGCUACAACUCGCCGUUCCCCUUCUGGCCUCAUCCAGGAUUUCACCCGUUGCCGCUUUCGGCGGCGGCGGCCGCGGAAUACAGCCGCAACCCGGCGUCCUCCCCGUUUCCAACCAGCCCGGAGUUUUUUGCGUCGCAAAUGAUGCAAAAGCUGCAAGAUGAAUCCGGUAGAUUAGGGGGACAGCAACCGUCGCCGGGCGGCGCCCCCGCUUUGGCCAAGAGCGCCCGUCAAAUGGCGGAGUCGUUACUUGACGGUACCGGCUCCAACGGCUCCUUCCUGGACGGGAUCAUCAGAUCGAGUUUGGAAUCGGGGGUGCCGGCUCAAGAGGACAAAUCGGCGGCCGAAGAUAAGAACGUGGCGCCGGAGAACAUGUCGAACAAAGCGCUGCUGGACCAGCUGUGCAGGAACAGCCGACUGACGCCGCUCUCCAAGCCCAUCAUGACGGUCGACACGGCCAACAGUUCGGGGGACGAAUCUUAUAGGAAAGGUGCCAGUCCACUCAAUUUUGCCACAGGAGGCAACACUAUAAUAAAUCACGACGACGCGUUGUCGCGUUCGCCGCGCCAAGACAAAGACAGCAACUCGAUGCACGCCAUCGAGCUGUCGAACGACUCCAACGACUCACACAGGACGUCCGACGCCGCUAAUUCGGCAUCCGACGAUAGACAGAAAACGACGCCGCCACCGCCUCCCGCCCGCAUCUACCUGAAACAGGACCUCGUCAAUCCGGACAACCUCAGGCCGGAGAUGCUGGUCCGGUUCCCGGACAUGGGCGAUCGCAACGGCGUCGACGAAACCGGAAGCGACACGGAGAACGACUGACACCAGCCCUGUCUGUAAGUGCGACACAAAAAGAUAACUAAUUUUGGAAACCAAGAGAUUUUUUAUGGACAUAAUAUAACACGAAGAAUCGAUGGUUGUAUGUGAAAUAUAUUUUUCCGAAUGUGGCUGGCAAAAAUUAAUGGUGACGGAAGUGGUGGACUGCGUGGGGGAGGUUCGUUGCGUGGCAGGAUAGCGGAAACUAUUGUGCCAAAAAAUUGAGUAUGAGGUCGAAUUUUCGUAGGUUAUACGUUUCGUGUCUUACAAAAAAUUACGCAAAAAUCAAACUCUAAAUUAUGUUUCGGAUAUUCAGAAAAAGAAAUGAUUUAUUAAAUUGUCUUCCAGGUUCAAAAUUUGUUACACAACCAAACCAACAUUUUACGUACAUUAAAAACUAAGCAAUUUUUGCAAAAUGUUUUGUAUGACGCCAAUAAAAUUUAUUUAAAUCACACAAUGAAGCCUCCCCCGGAAGAUUUUUACCAAGAUGAUACUAUCGAUUAAUUUUUGACAGACUAUCGCAUAAAAUCAAAACUCUUUGACGGUAUUUGUUGAAUAUUUAUUUAUUGUUUUUUAUUAUAUUAACUAGUAUAGUAUUUUAUAUGCAUCAAAGCAGUAUUCUACUUAUUAAAUAGGUGUUAUUCAUCUAAAAAAACGGUGUAUUCAUAAAAAAAUUCUCGUCAUUCCUGUUGUACAGUCAAACAGUAAUUUUUACAUUCCAAAAUUUAGUAAAUUUAUUUUGGGGACGCACAUUGGGGUUAAUUAUAAUAUGCAGAAGUGAUACAUUUUUAAAAUGUUAUGCUAGAUCAAAAUUUUAUAUUUAGGUUUUUGGAUUAGCGGUUUUUAUAAAAAUUAAUUAGAAAAUUUGUAUUUUUCUAAACAUUAUUUAAAAUUACUAUAUUUUAUAACUAAAACAUUAACAAUAUUUUUGUGUCCGUUCAUCUAUAAAUUCUUGAUUUAUACACUCAAAUGAUAUAUACACUUAGAGUCAAAAAUAGAAUAGUAUAAAUUAAUUUAUCUAAAACCCCCCAUUUCUCAAAGCAUAUCAACUUAUUAUAAGAAAUUCGAAUAUUUUAAUAACACUUGGAAUUGGGUAAAAUACAAAGCGUGAAGUCAAUUUAAAUACAACAUAAAUCAAAAUAUUAAACCAUAUUUAAAAUCAAAACAUCACAAACGUCAUAUCUCAUAACUUCUAUAUCCUGAAAGCAUCACAAUUGUUGAACCCUCGUUCAAAUUAAAAACAGUGGAACAUUCCUAAUGUAUGGUCCAAAUUAUACAAAAUAUUCCAUUUUUAUUGAUAUUUAGUUAUUUAUACACUCACCUGUAUAUAAUGAUAAAAUUUGUGCGAUGUACCUAAGUAGAUUUUGUAUAUGUGUAGAUUUAGAUAAUUUGAAAUUUUUGUGCCUAUUGAAAUAAUACAUGUGAUAAAGCAGUUUUAAAUUGUUAAAAAAAGUUAAUUGCCCUGAUGUACGGUGCCCCAAAGGACGAUUGCAUUUAUCAAAACCAAAUCCUUGACUGUACGUUUGACUGUACGACAAAUAUAUGUUAAUUAACUGUUCAAUGUGUAUUUGGCAUGUCCAAGAUAUCAUUAAUGUAUUCUCUAUGUGUCUUCAAGUGUUACAAAUACCUCAGAUUUGUAUAAAAAAGUCACAAUAUAUGUUCGUGCGUAAUCUAAAUAAACUGCUUUGAUGAUGAAUAUGAAAUGUAUGGUACAAAAUCAAUUUAACAGCUUCAGAUCUCAUACGAUUUAAGAUGUCCGAUGAAAUCAAUAUUGUUUACCGAAAUUAUCGUAUGUUUUACUAAAUGAAUUAUUAAUUACCACUUGGCAAUAUAAACUAUCCAAAUUGCAUAUGAUUUCUGUACCUUAAAAAUUGAUUUUGUGCACCGUUCAACCCAUUCGGGGUAGUAUAAUAUAUCCCAGAAUUGAAAAAUUAUAUCUAUCUGUGAUUUAUCAAAAUUUUUUGAUGUAUAUUUUCUCUAAAAAUAUCUUAAAAUAUUAUAUAAAAUUUAAACAAUUAGACUUAGAAUUAUUGAUAUAAAUAUUCAAUAUGUUUCAUUGGAAGAUUGAGGUGGAUUUUGAAUCAAUUUUCCGAUGAUGUGUUUUUGUUUUUUCAUAUUAACAAUUUGAAGUGCAAUUAGAUGGUAUAUACAUACAUAUAUAUUUACAUCAAUAUUAAGUAGUAUAUAAGAUAUAUUAAAAUAUAUUAUAUAUUUGAAAAAAGGAAGCUAUUUUGUUUUUGAGAGAUAAAAGAUUGAGGUAGAGUUAUAAAAAAAGCUUUCCCCCCAAAAUUUUACACCCCUUUUCAACAACCGUCAAACUUCACAACCAUACCGUAAACCAAACCAAUGCCGACAGUUCAAAAGCCACAUCUGACAGAGGAAAGUUCAACCGUAUCACGUUGACUCAAGCUUUGAUCGAUUCGUUUUUGGAUUUUCCUUAUUGUCAGGUGUGGUCAACAAAUCCAAACCAGAUUUACAGUAUAAAACACACAUAUUUAAGUUGGACCAAAAUCGCCAUAUGUCUGUAUAUAUACAAGUGGUAUGCUUUCUUAAAUACAUAUCUAUUGAAGGGCGGAUGUAAUUUCUUGAACGGCAAAAUUUCUCUCGAGCAGACACCAAAUUAAGUUGCAGAGGUUUUCACAGGAAAAAAUGCAGGACUCGAUUCGCAGUGUUUCGGAGAUUUUGUCCGUUUUUCAACAUAUAAAAAAAACAUUCCAACCAUAUAUGUGCCAGAUUUUUUAUUACAACAAUUAGAGUUGAAUAAAACAAAAAGAAUUAUUAAAUGAUUUGUGAUCUCUGGUCUAAAGAUAGACGAAUAGAUCAUACAGAUGCAUUUUUUCUAAACAAAAAAAAAAUAUAAAUAGGAAUACGUGUUAUUAGUUUUUCGAAGCCGUUGUGCUUCCCCAAUUUAAUGAAACGUAGAUGUAAGAAAAACACUGUUUUUAUUAAUAAAUGUUUGUGUGUUUCACUUUAAAGCGCUUGCGCAGUUUUUGCAAUCGACCUUUCGUUGUUUCUGAAAAUCUGCAAAAAUGUACCAGUCCAUCCGAAAGUCACGUUCGAACUUAUCGUAGAAGAAAUCUGCGUAUUACCGACGUUCACGUUUCGUUAAAAUUCGUGCAACCAAAAUUUCAGAGCUUUAAUUAUUGUGAAAUUGAAUUCCGUUAAGUUAUUUUAUUGAUUGUUGUGGUUGAAUUAUAUUGUGUGCGGUCAUUCUCGUGAAACAAUGCGCAAAUUUCUUUUCAUGUCUUCUCCAACUCGGUUUAGUCUUAAAUUGAACGAGCGUACAUUUUUGUAGACCACUAUUUUUGGCUUCUAGUUGUACCGAAUGAAAUUAUACCGACGCAGUGUUUCACAAAUGAAAAUCUCAGUGCAAUCGUUUUUCUAGGUAGUGUACAAGUUCGUUUGAGUCAUUUUCCGGCGUGCGACGUCGGUGCGAUACUCCCGUCGAGUUUCACACCGAUUUGCCUCGCCCAAGUUUUUGAUGUGAUAUUUUUUUAAAGACAUUUUUUUAACUACACGCGUGGUCCAAUGUGUAAAUUUCUACAAUGUAUCAGAAUAACCUUAAAGUAUACGCAAGAUAUAUUCAAGAUAUUUUUUAUCUACGUAAAAAUCUCUCUACUAAUAAGUUUUGCUUUUGGAAUAAAAGCAACCAUGUUAUGAAUAAAAUAUUAACUGUUUUCACGCCGUGCGUCCAGUGCGACGCAUGUGCUAUUUUUUCUCUAUUUUUACCACUUAUGUUAUCACCAGAUGAGUCAGUAUUUCGUUUUUUUAUUAAAAAAUAUUAAAAGGACCAAGGUCUUUGAUUAAUUUAUUAGAAGAGUAAUCUUAUCAUUCCACAUUUUUAGCUUUUUCACAACUAUAAGACUAUAGUUUUUAUUCCUAAAUAUAUUUUUACAUACACAUAAUAAUUUUAAUGAUUUUUAUAUCAAUCGUAUUUGUUAAAUAUUUUUAGUUGCUUAGACGUAUGUAGGUACUACUUAAGUUUUUUUUUUGCUUUAAGAAUACCUUGUAAAUAGUAAUUCAGCACACUCAGUGUUAAGUGACCGCUGAAAGAAUUUAUUAAUGAAGUUGAAAUGUUGUUUUUUUGUUUAUAUACUUUUUUCUUUAUAACAGGCAAAACCAUAAUACAUAACAAUAGUCUAACAGUUAUCCCACAAAUGAACCGAUUGAUGAGGUACAGAAAACAUGGAAUCAUGUUUUUUGUGAAACUUGUUUUAAUUUUGUUGCAAUAUUUCGCUAGCUGUUAAAAUGUUUGGUGCAUUUUCGUCCAAGUCGUUUUCUGCACCGAAAUGAGAACUUGGGAAUCAUCAACAGACAAUAUUUAUAAGAAAUAGUAUUAAAUGGAGUAUAUCGAUCUGUAUUAAAUAUUGCCAGUAUUAUCAGAAUCAUUUCAUUUGCUGCAAAUUACAUUUUGAUUUAUGAAAUACUUGAACUAUAUUGACACGAAUGAGUAAUUUAAAUACAACACCCUCACAUUGUUACAGAAGCUCAAUUUGUCUGCUGAUGUUCCUAAAUGUAUUUCCGACUAUUUUCUCGUGUAGUUUAUUAUCUAGCUCAAUUUUUGAAAACGGCUCGAUUUUUGAUAAUUGUCGUAGAUUUUUACAAUUGUAUACUUAAUAGAUAGAUAGAUAUGUCAUGCAUUUUGACAAAUACAGUACAAGGUUAGUUUUUAAAAUAUCCCCCACUAUUUAAGAGUUUUUUUUUUUGUAAAUGGUACACUAAUAAAAAAAGGUGAUGGCACUCUUUCAGAAGGAACUCCCUCUUUUUGUUGUCAUGUUUUUCGAUGAGGAUUUAUGGCUUUCAUAAAGUUUCGCUUUCCUUGAAAACGUGAUAGCUGAGAGACGGGAAAAAUUCUGGUUUAACAGACAUAGUUCUUAAGUAGUACAUAAAUAUUAGCGUUUAGUAGUUUUUACAGUUAGGAUGCUCCUCGAAAGUACCUCAUCAAAUCGGUAGCACAAUACAGGUUCAAACUAAUUCAUAAACAAACACAUCAUGGCAUAUUUAAAAAAAAUAAUAAAUAUAUGAAAAAUUACAAAACAGUCUAAACUAGUUACAUGAAUUAAAUAUAUAGUAUUAAUUUCUCAACAAGCUUUAUUAAAUGUGUUUUUUAUUGUUUGGCAUUUUCGUUUAAAAAUACUGGAUCACCAAUAGAAUUUAUAACAAAUUAAAAGUAUCUAAAAUGUUGCAACCCAAAAUAUAACACUUAUUAAACUGGUUUAUUUCAGUUUUGUCCCUAUUAGGUUUAUGAGCAGUACAUAAUCAAAAAUUUGGUUGAUUAGAUUUAUAAUUUUUAUUGAAAGCCCUUUAUAAUAAUAUAUUGUAAAAAUAAGUAGAGAAUUUAAAGCACGCAACACCAAAUGUGUCUUCUCACUUAAAAAAAAGGUAUACAAUACGUUCUAAAAAAGUAUGUCCCGUUGUUAAAUUUAUUUUGGAAUGCACUAUAUAUAUAUAUAUAAUCUAGUACUCAACAUUAUUUUGUUUCGACUUAUCGUUAGUUUCUCUCUAGUCAAAAUUGUGCUUGAAAAUUAGGAAAUUAUUAAAAAAAAUUAAAAGUUAAAAGUUAAUGUGAUUGGAAUAUCUUAAGACUGAAAAAGACUUUUUAAGAGUACGCAUGAAAAAAAAUUAAGAUUAGUUAAAUGCAGAGCAUAAAAAGAACUUUAUACAAUUUUUGAAAUAUGCCAUAAACUCAAAAAUCUGUUUUUCGUUUUUUUGUUAAUACACAGGGACCAAAAAGCUAAUUAACAGAUCCAUAUCCAAGAUAUCAAAAGCUAAAAAUAUCGAGAGUUUUGUUGAUUCGUUUUUUAUUUUCUAUUAUGAAUUUCCAACAAACCUUUUGUCUAAAUAUUAGAAAAUGGUGCAAUUUUUUAUUUAUAAUUUUUAAAGACUUAUAUUUGGCAAAACGUUUGUUGUCCGUUGUAUAGUUAUAAAUAUAUAUUGAUAAUUAAAAAAUAUUACUUUAUUUUAUAUAAAAUGAUUCAAUUCUUUGACAAUAUGUUAGAAUUAAAUUGAUUUUGCACGGAAGCUGUUUUAUGAAAUAAAACACUUUUCGUGCCUAAUAUCUCAUAUUAUAAAAAUGUGACUAAAUAUUGCCUUUUAGCCUGAAUAUAUUAUAUCAAUCUGUUGUAUUCAUAUGUAAUGGAAAAAAUUACAGAUAAUACGCAUACUAUACGAUGAAAUUAAAAUGCUAAAAUAGUCUUUGUUGGUUUGCUGAAUUGUUAUCGAAAUUCUAGACAUCUAAAAAUGUAAUUAAAUUUAUUUUUUUACUAAAUUUUAUCGUUUUCUUAAAGUAACAACACAACAAACCAGGGAAAUACACUAUCUGUUAUUUUUUCUACAAUACGACGUAUUACUGUUUGUAAUAAUUGUGACUUGUAACAUCAUGUUUUAUUAUAAAAGUUUGAUGUUUGAACAAUAUUUGCUUUGUGGGAAAUUGUUAUUUUCAGAAAAUAUUUUAAAACCACAAAAAUACAAAAAAAUACCAUACACAUUGUAUAUUUAUAAUGUAAUUCUGAAGUAUACCAGUAUUUAUUAUACUGUGGAGUACAUUAAAAUGUUAAAUUGUG